AUGCUGAUAUCAAAGUUCGUAGCUUCGUGCUUGAUUCUCACUUGUUCCGUGACGUGGGCCAGGGCAGAAUUAUUCACAGCAAUCUCAGAUGUGGAGCCUCUCCUAGAAACCUAUAAACGUAUUAUAGACGACUUAGACGACUACAUUGUGAAGGAAGAAGAAAGAUUGAUUGUAUUGAAAAGACAUUUGAACAUCUACAAAAGAGAUCAUGAAAGUGCAAUGCAAGAUAUUCCAAACUACUUGGGCAACCCAAUAAAUGCGUUCACCCUCAUCAAACGACUCACCUCCGAUUUGGAUAAUAUAGAGCACAGCAUCAAGAUCGGAACAGAAUACAUUAAGAACCUAACAGUUAACCACAGUGACGUGAAAUAUCCCACUCUGGAAGACCUGGCCGGAGCGGCACAGGCCCUCACUCGACUGCAGGAGACGUACAAUUUAGAAGUGUCUGAAUUAGCAGAAGGAAGGUUAAAUGGGGUUAAUUAUAGUACUCCCAUGAGCGCUGGUGAUUGCUACGAGUUAGGUAAAACGUUGUACAACGAGAAGGAUUACACGAAUGCCUUAGCAUGGAUGACGAUAGCGUUGAAGAAAUAUAAAGAGGAAAAUCAGCCGUACCUCUUCAAAGAGACGGAUAUUAUGGAAUAUAUUGGAUUCUCACAUUAUUUACUUGGUGACGUAAAAACGGCUUUGAUUUGGACUAAAAAAAUGCUAGCAUUAGAACCGAACCACGUUCGAGCGAAAGGUAACGUACCGCAUUACAACAAGAUUAUUGCUGAAGAUGAGGAAAAAUUACGGAGACGGAGACGAGGGGAUACCGGUGAAGACUUAGUUGAAAAGAUCCCCGAUAAAGAACCCAAGAUGUCGCCGUUCGCUAAGGAGCGGAAGGUGUAUGAAAGACUGUGUCGUGGCGAAAUGGACGUACCGCAAGAAAUAUCCAAGACGCUUCACUGUCGAUAUCUAACGGAAAACCACCCGUUCCUUCUGCUAGCGCCGAUCAAAAUGGAAUAUAUGUACAGAAAUCCGGAUAUUGUUUUGUUUUACAACGUCCUCAGCGAUCAGGAAAUAGAAGACAUUCAAAAGAUGGCGAAGCCAAGGUUCCGUCGAGCCACAGUGCACGAUACCAAAACUGGUGAGCUCGUUCCCGCUCAUUACCGCAUCAGUAAGUCUGGAUGGCUGAGGGAUGAAGAGUCAUCGGUCGUGGCUAAGGUGUCCCGUCGUGUGUCCCACUUCACAGGACUCAGCAUGCAGUUUGCUGAAGACCUGCAGGUCGUCAACUAUGGUAUUGGAGGGCAUUACGAGCCACACUUUGAUUUUGCUAGGAGAAAAGAACCGGCGUUUGAGAAGUACAAUGGAAACCGAAUUGCAACCGUUUUAUUUUAUAUGUCCGAUGUAGCCCAAGGUGGCGCCACUGUCUUUACCGAGUUAGGUCUAAGCCUGUUUCCUGUUAAGGGCGCUGCUGCAUUCUGGCUUAACCUCCAUCCAUCUGGAGAAGGUGACCUGGCUACAAGACACGCAGCCUGUCCCGUGCUUACCGGUUCCAAAUGGGUGUGCAACAAAUGGAUACACGAGGGCGGCCAAGAAUUCAUCAAACCAUGUAAUCUCGAAUAUCAGGCUGAGAGCAUGGGACGGAAGAUUCCUAGACCAGUGCCCAAAUCAUCUAGAUAG